AUGGUGAGUUACCCUGGUGUGCUGUUCACCACUCUCAGACCCAAGCUAACCUCGAGCUUCCAGUAUCGCUUCGACCCCAGCGAAGCCGACAUGUACAACUUCGCCCGCGGCGGGCGCCGCCCUAUCGUCCAGCGUUUCGACGAGUACUACCGAUGCUACCCCAUGGUUAUGGCCCCUGGCGCCGAACGCCCCGAACUCAACUAUGGUUCCAAGAUCUUCCUGCCUCCCUCUGCGCUCGACAAGGUCUCGAAGCUCCACGUACAGUGGCCGCUGCUGAUGGAGAUUAUAAACGGCGAGAAGGGAAAGCACUCCCACUCCGGUGUGUUGGAGUUCGUCGCGGAGGAGGGCAGGGCUUACCUCCCUCAAUGGAUGAUGGAGACCCUCCAGCUCGAUGUCGGCGAUAUGAUCCAGGUCAAGACAACCUCUCUCGAGCUCGCACGACUGGUCAAGCUUCAGCCGCAAUCUACCAACUUCCUCGACAUCAGCGAUCCCAAGGCCGUGCUGGAGAAGGCGUUUAGGAACUUCGCCACGCUCACCAAGGGUGACAUUUUCAACUUUGAGUAUAACGACGAGAUCUAUCACGUGGCCGUUCUAGAGGUCAAGCCCGAGACGGAUAAGAUGGGUGUUUGCAUGAUCGAAACUGAUGUCGAGGUUGACUUCGCCCCGCCCGUCGGCUACGUCGAGCCCGAGAAGCAGCAGCGCGGCAGCGGCACGAGCACCCCUCGCAGCGUCCGUGGAGGCGGCCUCCCGGCCGGCGGCCUUCUUCACAGCCAGGGUAGCAUGGCUCAGUCCAUCAACUACAACGCCAUCGCGCCCUCCGCGACGACGACCAAUACCAACUUCUACGGUGAGGGUCAGAAGCUCAACAAGAAGGGUAGUAAGGCGUCGACACCGAAGCCCGCCACCCCUGUUGCCGGUGCCUCCGCCAACGCCCCAGCCGUUCCCCCCCUUCCCCGUCGGACGAACGGCCCGAUGCCUCUGCGCCUGCCUCCUAACAAGCUCUUCUUUGGCUACGAGAUCAGGCCUGUGAAGACUGACGCCGACAAGGAGCGCGAGAAGGAGGAUGCCAACCGCCCUCACUUUGCGGGCUCAGGUCAAACUCUCAGGGGCAAGCGCAAGGGUGAGGGUGAGGACAAGCCAAAGGCGCCUGAGAAGAAGGGGCCCAACGAGGGUCAGAGAUUGGAUGGCCGCAAGCCUUAG